AUGACCAAUAUUUACAGAUAUUUCCCAACACAAGCUUUUAACUUCUCCUUCAAGGAUGCUCUUAAAAAGAUGUUCCCAGAUUACUCUCCAAAGGACAACUUCUUCAAAUUCUUCUUGGUUCAAUUAGCUUCUGGUGGUUUGGCUGGUGCUGGUUCUUUGUGUAUUGUUUAUCCAUUGGAUUAUGCUCGUACUCGUCUUGCUUCCGAUGUUGGUAAUCACAGAGAUUUUAAUGGUUUGGGUGAUUGCAUGGUUAAGACUUACAAACAAGGUGGUUUCAGAGCUUUAUAUAACGGUUUCGGAGUUUCAGUUGCUGGUAUCAUUCCAUACAGAGGUGUUUACUUUGGUUUAUAUGAUACUUUGAGAGAAAAGAACCCAUACAAGAAUGAUCUUGGUAUUGCUGGUGUUUCUUCUAAAUUUGCUCUUGCUCAAACUGUCUCUAUUGCUGCUGGUUAUGCUUCCUAUCCAUUCGAUACUGUCAGAAGAAGAUUGAUGAUGCAAUCUGAAAAGCCAAGAGAACAAUGGGUUUAUACAGGAACUGUUGACUGUUUCUCAAAGAUUCUUAAGGAAGAAGGUACUGUUGCCAUGUUCAAGGGUGCUGGAGCUAACGCUUUGAGAACUGUUGGUUCUGCAUUGGUUUUGGUCUUGUACGAUCAAAUGCAAGGAAUGUUUUAA